AUGCCCCCCUCCCGACAGGGGGGGGGCGCGGCUUUGCCAAGGGGCCAGCCGGACGACCCGGGACACUCUAGUCCGGCCCUCGCCUUACCGGAGGACGCGGGGCCUCCGGAGAAGGCUUCUUCUCCCUCCGCUGGUAGCCCCAUAUCCUCAGCACACGGGGCAGGGGCUCAAGAACACGCCGCAUCUGCUGCUCACGGGACAGGGGCUCCAGUGCACGCCGCAUCUUCUGCUCACGGGACAGGGGUUCCAGUGCACGCCGCAUCUUCUCCUCUCGCGGACUCGCAGCUGCCGACCUCCUCAGCGGCUAUGGAGUCAGGCUUGGCGGGGGUUGCUUCCUUCACCAUGGCAGACCAUCCACUGCGUAGCGGCGAGACGGAUGCACUAACGCCGCGGCUGGACGGACCCACCGGGCGCGCUUCGGGGGAGGAUUCCGCGUCCUCCUCGUCGCCUUCGCAGGCUUCCACGCCCCCGGUUCAUCCGCGCGAAAUGUUUGAGGCCCUUACCGCGGCGAUGAAGGCUUCUUCGGGGCCCCCGUACCUAGAUGUCUGGCGCCAGACCAUCCAGGAGUUAUUUGCGCUGGAAUUUGCCCGCCUUCCAGUCAGCUUCGAUGCGAUGCCGGCCGAACGCAAACGGUAUCCCAAGCUCACAAGUACUGAGCUGGUGUGUAGCGGAGCUACACAGCUCCUUAAGUCAGAGGAAGACUUAACGCUCUACGAGCAACUUAGUUCCAAAGAACUAACGACUUUACGAGUCAGCAAGCUUUACAGCUUCAGAUCCCUGUUCCAGGGGACCUAA